GUCUCCACUGUACAUAUCCUGAUAAACGUAUUUUUAUAUUUUGUUUUGUUUAAUUAUGUUAUUACAAUACUAGAUUAUAUUAAAUAUAUGAAACCGGCAAAGGCUUGAGUCCUGACGUAUUUUUUUUUAACAAACGUUAGACAAUUGUGAAAAUCACUAAAACACGCGUAUAGAAAACAUACUCUGAAACAGCAAAAGACGUUCAUGGCAUAAGUUUUAAUGCGUACCAUAUUAAUGAAAUUGUAGCAUUCCCCAUUCUCGCAUUUCCCAAAUUCGAGUCCUAAUUGGCGUUUAAAUUGUUAAAAGCCACAGCUCCGGAGGUGUUCCGGUGGUUUUCCGAGCCGUUUCCAACUGUUCCGCCAUGUUCGGUAGGUAUUCCGGACUGUUCCGUGCUGUUCCGUAGGUGUUCGGGCUGUUCCGCGCUGUUCCGAGCUAUUCAGUAGGGGUUCCGGGCUGUUCCGUAGGUGUUCGCGGCUAUUCCGGAGGUGUUCCCGGCUGUUUCGGAGGUGUUCCGGGCUGUUUCGGAGGUGUUCCGGACUGUUCCGUGCUGUUCCGCCAUGUUCCGUAGGUGUCCCGGACUGUUCCGUGCUAUUCCGUAGGAGUUCCGUGCUGUUCCGCGCUGUUUCGUAGGUGUUUCGGGCUGUUCCCUGCUGUUCCGGAGGUGUUCUGGAGGUGUUCCGGGCUGUUUUGGGGGUGUUCCGGACUGUUCCGCCAUGAUUCGUAGGUGUUCCGGACUGUUCCGUGCUGUUCCGUAGGCCGUUCCGGGCUGUUCCGCGCUGUUCCGUACUGUUGCGGAGGUGUUCCGGGCUGUUCCGUAGAUGUUCCGGGCUGUUCCGUAGGUGUUCCGGGCUGUUCCGGAGGUGUUCCGGGCUGGGAAUUUAAUUAAGCAUCGUGCAAAAAAAUAAAUAAGUUAUCUGUCGUCAAACUCGGCUUGUACUUGAAAAAUAUUUACCCUCGAAAAAUAUUUACCCUAUUGAAAAAAAUUUCCAAUACGGACCUCCGGCCGGUAAAUAAUAUAUACUUCAUACUAGAAAAAACGUAACGAAGUACUUUUUGUUAGAAAACUUGUUUUGAAGUUUUGGAUAUCACUCUGAUAUGCCAAAAAUUGGGCGAGGUAUUGCUGAAAGAGCAUGUGUUCCUAUUAAUUGUCUAAUUGUAAUGUAAUAUCUUGAAUGUGAACGAUUAUUAGCAGAAGCACUACCCAACAGCUUUUUAUAACUUUUAAUUCAUGAUAAUGCAAAUGAAUGCCUUAUUGGUGUGACUACUAAAAAUCUACUAUGGUGGUUCUGACAUAAUAUAGAGACUCCGAUUUUACUUCAACUUUCGCUACCGUUACCUCUCACUGGCUUAGUACGCAUGUGAUUGGUUAAUCCAUAGACAAUCCAGAAGACAGGGACUGGAAACGCCUAAUGUUUUGCGCGUGCCAUCCGUGAUGUGCUUGCGUGACGCUUGUGCCAUCAUGCCAUUUGAGUGAAUGACUGAAUGGCCUGUUGCUUCGAAAAAGAAUAAAGCGAUAGAUUAUGGACUGGUACUUGUCUGCUGUUUUACAGCUCUGUAUAUACUGGAAAAUUGUUUAAAUAAUCUACACCGAAAAGGGAGUUAGGUAUAUCACAUUGUGUGUAAAGUUUAUAAAACGGAUCUGCUUAUUCAGAGACGAGUGCAAGGAAUUUUCGAGCUUGUUCGAAAAUUUUGAUUUCCAAUUUGGGGUGGACUUUCAGGCACGAUUCAGGUUUGUUUGCGUAUUUUAGUUUACUUUAAUUAAGUUUACGUAUAUUUAUUCAGUUUUGCUUCACUGUAAUUACGUUAUAUAAAUUGAUUGAAGUUAUCUUUUCGAAGUUUUCCUUGCUCUGUAUUUUAAAAGUUGAAUUUGGCAAUUUCGGUUUUUAAAUUAAUAUACCUUCCAUUUUAUUGACUACAAAUCCUUUCUUUCUCGAAAACCCUUUUUGCUAAGGCAUCCAUUAUUAAAAAGAAAUAAAAACAAGGUUUCAGUUAUUUUAACGGUGAGUUUUGUAUGUUUAACACUCUUUCGACAAUGCCAACAAGAAUGCUAAUGGCAAUGGCGACUUUUUUGCUGUCAAAAACAUUACGCAAUCAUUAAAAGGUGGUUUAUGCCUUUGUUUGACCCAAUAUAAGUUUAAAAACCGGAGAAAUGCAUCCACAGGUCUAUAUUUGUUUUAAAUAUGUAAAUUGCAAACCCUGAACUUUAUUUAAACUGUAGUUGCAGGGUUCGAAGUUAGCCGGUACAAACUUUGCUGGACAACAACAAUGCCAAUGGCGACUUUUUUACAUGGCAAAAACAUUACGCAAGCAUUCAAAGGACGUUUUUGGCUUCGUUUGACCCGAUAUAAGUUUAAAAACGGGACAAGUGCAUCCACAGGUCUAUUUUUGUUCAAAAUACGUAAUUUACAAACUCUGAACUUUAUUUAAUUAAACUAUAGUUACAGGGUUCGAAGUGGGGGCAACAGAAAUGGCCAUCUUCUAGUUGGCGCAAAAGUAAUUUUGCCCGUCAAAUUUUCAGUAAACAUUUUUGGGCGAAUAAGUUACCAAAUUGAUAUAAAAGAUAGCCUAUUCGAUAGAUUACAAUCUUGUGAUUACACAUACUUUGACCAAAAGGUACAAAAAUAGUUUAUUUUUAGUUGCAGGGUUAGUUUUGCCAGCAAGUUUUCAGAACAAUAUGACGAUAACAAUUGCCGGCUAACAACAUUCGUAAUUCUGUCAAUCAAAUUCAGUAAACAUUUUUGGCUGAAUAUGAUACCAAAUUGAUAUAAAAAAUAGCCUAUUCGAUAGAUUACAAUCUUGUGAUUUCAAAUGGCUUCAUCGUCAAAGACAAAACAGGUUAAGUUUGUAGUUACAGGGUUAGUUUUGGCAGUAUUUUCUGGAAAUAAUUGCUGCGUGCGCGAUUUACCGAUAGCACGAUCCAAAUUUUACAUUUAGCAUCACUAUAAACUAGAAAUAAAUGAAAAUUUGGACGUAUCUACCUUUGUUAGUAUAGCCGCUCCACGACUACGAUCCCAAAAUUCAGAUAAUACGCUUUUUUAACGAUAUAUUUUGUAUAAACUACACGCAUUUGCCUUUGUUUUAUGUAAAUUUAAAGACUUGUUACCGUGGUAACCAAGUAAUUGCUACGUGACAGGCACAUCACGGAUAUCACGAUUUGUCAUCAUAUUUCUAGCUUACGUUUCCAGUCCCUGUCUUCUGGAUUGUCUAUGGUUAAUAUAACAAACACAUCUAAUCGGUAAAUGACCUGUAAUGGUAGCGUUAGCGAUAGUGGAAAUCAAAUCUUCUCUAAUGUACAGCUAGGGUGUCUAAAAAAAACGCUAUGGAAAUUCAAAAGGCUAUCGUGCAUCAUAAACGUGGCUAAACAAUUCAAUUUUUAUAUAUAACGAAAGAACAGUUAUUUAGCUUUUCAAUGAUACUUUUCUUAAAUCGUAACGAUGAGAAAUGGCCACAUACUCGUCAAAUAAAAAUUGCCGGUCGAAAUCACAUUCUUCCACCGUUGGGAAUUGCAUGGAAAACGAAGCAUAAACGAUUCCCAAGAGGGAGUUAAAAUUGAAUGUUAAAUUAUCUAAAAUAAUAGCUCAACUCGUCAAUCUUCUUCUUAAGGCCGAUUUACACGACAAGCGUUUUGGGCACGGCACUCCUGAAAAUGGGCACCGUGCCAAAACCGCCACUUCGCUAUUUACUCGUUUACACGACAACAUUUUGUAAACACACUUUAAUGAUAAGCACCGUGCCCAUCGGAAAACGGCACCUCUACUUUCCGUUUGCGACGGUAUAUUUUAAAGAAUAAAUAUGUCGGACAGAAAUAGAAUUAUAUAUUUAUAUUUAUUAGAACGAAGAAGAGUAUUAUAUGAGCCGAAAAUCGAGGGAAAAACCAAUUACAUACCAGAAAAGUACUUUAAGGGCCAGCUCAUAUGGGAAAAAGUUAUCCCGGUUAGCGAGAAAACUUUUCGACAAGUUUACAAACGAGAUCUUGCCUUGGUAUGAAAAGUUACACUGCGUUCAUAUGAGACAAAAAGUUUUCCCGUGUACCGAGAUCUCGCUUGUUGACAAGCCAGAUCUCGGUGACCGGGAUAAUGUUUUUCCCAUAUGCAUGAACACAACUUUACGGCUUAGCAGGAUAACUUUCUGUCGUAUCAGCAUCUUUUCAAUUCAAUUGAUAUUCAGUGCGUGCCCAUCGGAAAACGGCAUUCUAUUUCCCUUUUACGACGGUAUAUUUUAAAGAAUAAAUAUGCCGGCCAGAAAUAUAAUUAUAUACUUAUAUUUAUUGGAACGAAGAAGAAUAUUAUAUGAGCCGAAAAUCGAGGGAAAAACCAAUUCACUACUAGGAACGUAUUUUACGUACUUCACUACUAGGAACGUACGAGAUCUCGCCUUGGUAUGAAAAUUAUAUGUAAAGUUUGUUUACACUGCGUUCAUAUAUAAGACAAAACGUUUUCCCGUGUACGUACCGAGAUCUCGCUUGUCAAGUGAUAAUAUUUUCCCCAUAUGAACACAACUCUAGUUCCCGCUUGGCAGGAUAACUUUCUGUCGU